AUGAUUCCCCGAUUUCUUCGUGGUGGCAGAGCGCGCAAGGAUCCUGCGAAAGAGAAAUCUAAAGAAUGGAACCCGGCGACAUUCUAUAUCAUCAUGUUCACUCUGAUCGGCUCGCAAGCCAUUCGCAUGCUCACUUUGAAGAACGGCUAUGCGGCGUAUACUCGGACAACUGAUGCGAAGAUCGAGCUUCUAGCGGAGAUCAUUGCACGAGUUAAGAAUGGAGAGAAGGUCGAUGUGGAGAAGUUGCUUGGAACGGGCGAUGAGGCAAAGGAACGAGAGUGGGAUGAGGUAUUGCGCGAGAUUGAAGCCGAAGAUUCCCUAUGGCAUGAGAAGAAGACCGCCCAAUCGAAACCAGAGAAGGUCCAGGAGCCCGAGAAGGAACAAAAGCAACCCACACAGCCUGCGGAAGACAAAGUCGCCGAGGAGCCUGUUAAGACUGAGUCUACACGAAAGCUUAGAUUCUAUUGA